AUGGAAGAUCAAUAUUUGAUGGCCGAUCUAAGGCAGUGCAUCAACGGCAGGGCCUUGUUCCCACCCAUAUCUCAUCCGCCAGACUUGUUAUCCGGCCACUCUGGUUUCACACCGACGCAACAUUACGAUAUGCUGAUGGUACCACGUGGGCUACACCAAGAGUUUCUUUCAGAUUCUACAACGAGUGCUAGUUUUAAUAUUAGUAAAACUGCUAGUACUGGUGCUGCUUCUAGUAUAGGGGCUGGUGUUGGAGGGUUUGAUAUGGAGGCUGUUGGACUGAACGGCGGCGGAAGUGGUGAUAUGGGCACUGGGAGGUGGCCAAGGCAGGAGACACUUACUCUUCUUGAGAUCAGAUCGAGGCUUGAUCCUAAGUUCAAGGAGGCCAAUCAGAAGGGUCCCUUGUGGGAUGAAGUCUCAAGGAUAAUGUCUGAAGAACAUCGAUAUCAGAGGACUGGCAAGAAAUGCAGGGAGAAGUUUGAGAAUUUGCACAAGUAUUACAAGAAAACAAAAGAAGGAAAGGCUGGAAGACAAGAUGGCAAGCACUAUAGAUUUUUUCGCCAGCUUGAAGCCCUCUAUGGUGAAACUAACAAUGGUUCCUCAGCCUCAGAAACUCAUAUCGUCGGAAGCAGUUUCGGGUGCAAAACACCGAAUGCAGUGCCUAAUCAAGAAACCUAUCCAGCUCCAAAACUUUCAGACUACAGCCUUAGUCUAUCUAAUUCUUCUGAUUUUGAUACUACCUCAUCAGAUGAUAUUGAUCUCCGUGAAGGAAUAGAGCACAAUUCGACUAACAAGAGGAAGAAGAGUAGAGGUAAGAGUUGCUGGAAAGCAAAGAUAAGAGACUUCAUUGAUACCCAAAUGAGGAAAUUGAUGGAAAAACAAGAAGCCUGGAUGGAGAAAAUGAUGAAGACAAUUGAGCAUAAAGAACAAGAAAGGAUUUUGAGAGAGGAAGAAUGGAGAAAACAAGAUGCAGAAAGAAUAGAAAGGGAGCAAAAGUUUUGGGCUAAUGAAAGAGCAUGGGUUGAAGGAAGGGAUGCCGCAUUAAUGGAGGCUUUGCAAAAAUUGAAUGGAAAAGAAUUAAUGGCAGCUGCAGGCAAAAACCCGAACGACGAUGGAAGUGAAACUAUAACCGACACAGUUAAAGUAGACAAUAUUUGGCCUGAUCGUGAGAUUACAAGACUAUUCCAGUUGAGGACUAGUAUGGAAGAAAGAUUGCUACAAGGUGGAGUUUCUGAAGAGGUCAUUUGGGAGGAAAUUGCCACAAAAAUGGCCUGUUUUGGACACGACAGGAGUGGUUUGACGUGCAAAGAAAAGUGGGUAAGUGUCAAUAAUUAUCUACUCGAGUGCAACAACAAAAGAAGGGAGAAUCCAAAAGGCUGCUCCUAUUAUCAGAACAACAUUGAAUCCAUAAGCAAUGAACGAGAUGCUGAUCAUACAUCAAGAUCAAAUGAUAAUGGAAUGAAUGAUUUCUGCUUUAGGUACUUCAUGGGAGAUGCAGACAACAUAUGGGAAAAUUAUUCGCUGAAACUCAACAAGGGAUAG